AAGUGGAUUGACUGUGUGUUCUGUGGGCGAUGGAAGCGCGAGGAUUUGAGUGAGAGGUUGACAGGUAGGGGAAAGGCAGUUUGAUGGAUAUCACGGAUCUCCGGCUGCAGCAGUUUCUCACGCUCGAGCUUAAAUGGUCUGUUCACAUCACACACCCGCCUGUGGUGGCAGCCUGCCUCGCUCAACCCCAGUGGUUAGUUUGCUCACGUCAGUUGGAAAGUAACUGCAGCAAGACACGCACGGCAGGCACUGGGUUGUGAGAGGAGCUGAGAGAAAUAGAGAGGAAGAGAAUGUUAAAGGGAGGUGGGGGGGGGGGGAGAGAGAGAGACGCAGAGGGAAAAGGUGAAUUAAUGUCAUUUGACAGGAGGUAGGCAAUGAAAGCGGCUCAGAGGGAGAGUCUGGGGCUGAGCCACAGCUACUCUGUCAGAAAGGAACAGAUCAAAGUGACCACAUGAGAGAAACAGGAAGAGACUUGCGAGGAAAAAAAACAGCAGCUCACAAACAAACCCUCAAGCUCCUCUCUGAAACUGGGAACAGCUGAGAAAGAAAUCCAGUCAGUGACAGAGAGAGAGCGAGAGACAGAACAGAGAUAGUACAGACACAGAGACGCAGAUAGAGGACGGGAAGAGAGAGAGAGACACACACACAGAAAGAGAGAGACGUAGGGAGAGAACAUAGGGAGAGAGGACAGACAGAGAGGGAACCACAGGGAACCAAACCAACCAGAAUCGGCUUCACUUUAACAAGAGAAUCUUUCGGAAUCGAGGCAGAAAGUCGGUGUGGGGAGACAGGCUUGAAAGGCAAAAGGAAAUUCCAUUCCAACCAGAGAGAAACACUCGUCAUCAAUCCACACCACAGCGCCUUCGCCUCACCAACACCCAGAGAAACCCAUUUCCCUGCAACAAAAGGGUAGUUAAUACAACAACUUACAUUUAUAUAGCGCCCUUCACACAGGGUAGAGUCCCGGAGCACUUAACACCAGGCACUGAAGGACUGAAGGAGACUGAGGAGAACUGGGAACAAGUGGCAUCUCUUGAAUUUCACUUCAGCCUCUGGUUAAACUCACUACAAGUUCAACAUCUCACUCAGCAUGAAGCGAUUCUGUGAGGAAAACUCCUGGGACAGUGAUGUGGAAGAGUUGAUAGACGUUGGCAAAGAGGAGAAUUACUAUCAUGUGUCCAGUUCAAUUUCAGCCACUUCAACUCCCCACAAACUGGCUCGGAAAAAAAGGCGUGGGAUUAUAGAAAAAAGACGGCGGGAUAGGAUUAACAACAGUUUGUCUGAACUCUGUCGUUUGGUCCCAACAGCCUUUGAAAAACAGGGAACUUCCAAGCCGGAGAAAGCAGAGAUCCUACAGAUGACUGUCGAACACCUGAAACUACUCCAUGCAACAGGAGAUAAAGGUUAUCUUGAUCCUCGUUUGCUGGCUGUGGAUUACAGGAGCGUGGGGUUCAGGGAAUGCCUGGCUGAAGUCAUGACAUAUCUGGGUUCAUUUGAACAACAUGAGGGACGCGACGAUACUGACCCACUUAAGGACAGACUUGUGAGUCAUCUCACCAGCUACGUGACUGAAACGGAGCCAACGCCAGUGCCUCACCAGGCUUGGGAGUGGCCCUAUCACCAUCUGACCGCCUUACUGCCGCACACUUUGGAGGUUGCACGAUUGCCAAGUGGGGACCUUCCCCAAAGCAACCACCACCCUCUCUUCACCGGCCCCGCCUUGGGCUUCUCCACCUCCGCUCUGAGGAAGCCCACUUUCAGCCGAGUGAUGUCUGUGCCACCGGCCCUGGCGUCGCCCGGGCAGAGCCGUCUUCUGAGCAGGACGCCCGCCAAUUUAAACCUACACCUGCACAGCCUGACACCGUCACUUCACAGAGCGUUGCCCAACAUCACGGCCACAUUUCCUGGCGUCCGGUCAAGCGUGGGACCCAACAAGGCGCUGUUGCCUGGUGCCACGACAUGUCUGCCGAUGAACUUCCCCUCAUUGGGUCCUCCUCCCACAUCAACACCAUCCACACAGGGGCUGCAGCCACCCCUUUGUCCUUCGGACUCUUCCCACCCAUGUCACCCUUCAGGUUCAACGCUUUCGACCAGACGAGGAGCCCGAGCGCUCGCAAACCCAACAGAUCGUGGACAACCGAGAUUGGAGCUUUCUGAACCCACCCGACUCUGAAGGGAUUCAGAACAAAACAACAGGAAGAAAUUUCCCUUUUCGAAUAGUUCCGAAGGGAUCUUUUAGUGUUGCCGAACAUUCAUUGUUAUUGUAUUACCCGACACUCAUUAAAGCCCAAAUAUUUUGUGUCUUUAUUCUG